AUGCCUCUUUAUAAGGGAGAACUUCGUUUAGGAGCAGAUUUUGCCCAAAUGAUGGCAGAGAAGCAUUAUGAUCCAAGUGAAGAUGACACAUGCUUGGUUUGGCAAGUUGAAGUCUAUCCAGCAGCGAAAUCAGAAACAAAUACACAGAACCUACAUGAGUAUUUGGUGGAUGGCGAUAAAGCUGUCCGAAUUGAAAGAAACACGAAGAAAUUUAUGUGGGAAAAGAACUUUCAGGCUAAGACGGAUGAACUUAUUGCUGAAGAGGAUGCUGACGAUAAACAAUUCGAUAAGGUGUACUUGGAUCAUGAGACAACAGUGCCUGGCUUCAAGUUCUCCAAUUUUGAUUUAAUCGCCUUGGAUUCAGAUUUGCAAGAGGCUGCGAAGUUGAAGCUCACUUCCGAGUUCGACAUUUUCUCAUUCUUGAAAGUGAGCUCUUUGCCUUACUCCUAUUUUACAGAUGAAACGUCAUUUAUCGUCCCAGAGAAAUCGUCUUCUUUCAAAAAUACGCUCAUCCACUUUGCAUUCUGCCAAACGCUCUAUGAAAAGGGAAUCGCACCGGUGGCUCGGUUCGUUCGCAAGCAAGCAAAAGAAGUUGAGGUCGGCGCCCUAGUUCCUGUGAAAGUGAAAUAUGGUGCAACUUUUUCAUACUGUUAUAUUUUCGUUCGCUUGCCGUUUAAAGAGGAUGAGAAAAUAGGAAACUUUGCCAAACUACUGCAACGACAGAAAGAAGAUCAUCAUAAAACAAAUGAUGAUGCUUCCAAAAAGGAUAGCCUUAUGGAUGAUUUUAUCAAUAUGCGAACUUAUGUUGGAGAUGAUGACCUAGAUGAAACCAAGGAUUUUAAGUCAACGAUAGACAACUUUAAAGUGACUAUGAAAACAUCAGAGUCAUCAAAGUUGAGUUUACCACUGACAUUCAAAUCAUCGGACCCAUUUCUAUGUAAUUCUCCGGCGACGAACAAAUUCUCGUUGUAUUUGCGGAAAGCAUUGCUUAGAUCUUUGGAAAUUGAGGACUGGGUCACAUAUUGUCAAGAUGAAAGGUUUGUUGAGAAAGUAUUACGUGAGAAUCAACAUUCCACAAACUUGUUUAAUCUUGAAAAUGCGUUGUUGACGAAUUCCACCGCUCCGCUUAAAUGGAUCAAGGAGAAAGCUGAUAAGUCUCAUACGACGAGCAAAAGACUAGUUGAGGCAUUUGACAUAAAGUACGUGCGCAAGAUCGAUGUGAAGAAGUCAAGAGGGAAUAAAAAUGAUGUUAUUUUCCAACAAAAAGGAAAUUACGGUGCUGACGAAGGUGACUAUGAUGCGGUGCCUGAUUUUGAUUUCUAA